CUCUCCCAGAGCCAAUCUCUGUUGUGCCCAGAGUAGUCAGGUGGUGUCUGUACGCCGGAAAUGAUGUCAGAGUGUUCCUGAAAGUCACAGGAAUGGCUUCCCCCAAGAAGUUUGCAGACGUUGGCUACAAGCUGUUCUCAACAUCUAUGAUGCUGUUAACCCUCUAUGGGGGCUACUUGUGUAGUAUGCGAGCUUACCGAUUUUUCCAGAGAAGAGAACAGCUGAGGAUAGCUGCUGAAAACCAGACGGAGGAAAUUAUGAAAGACUGAAUGCACAUCUCCCCUUUCUCAUGCAAUGAUCUGGCCUCCAAGUACAACUUUAUCAUCGAAUGACUGAUUGCAUCCACUUUAGCCCUAUUCUUAUCAUUACAGAAUGCAGCCAUUACUUAUUGGAUCAGCCAUUAUAGUGCUGAUUUCCAUGUGGACCACUGCAUUAUGACAUGAUUUUGGUUCCCUUUGUGAAUAAAUUUGUAUUUUUCACCAUA